GAUCUGGUUUUCAUCGAGAUACUUGAACAGCUCCUUCCGAAUAAUAUGUUCUAAAGUUUUAAGAACCAUUCUAGUUAUGCUAACAGGUUUGAAGUUUGAAUUGAUUUCGCGAUUUCUUGAUUGGUGUGCGCUCCACUUGGGUGGAUAGCUGCGGGGUUUGAAUGGUUUGGUUGAGAGCUGCAUAAGAUAUUCUUAUUUUAUGUAUUUUCGCUAUUGUGCUAGUGUUUUGCUUUUUAGUGACUAAUGAACUAGUGAUCAUGUCAGGUAAAAUGGACUCGUUGAAAAAAUAGUUAGCUUACGUGUUCAGUUGCGAUUGACUAACGAACUUAUGUGAUUUCUUGUCAUGUGUCAAAGAUAUUCAUUGUAAUUUAUUGUGAUAUUGUACAGCUUAUAUUUCGUAAACCCAUUUGAAUCAGACUUUUCAAAUUUGCCAAUUCGAUGAUUACACCAUUGGGUGAUAUGGAUGAGGAAUUUGAUGAAGGGGUUGUUGCAGAUCACCAUCGCACACAUGAAGGUUUUGGUGACCCAGGAUGUCAUCAGUACCAGAGUUUUGACAAGUCCGGACCAAACUGGGUUAAUAUGCUCAGGCAACAAGGUGCUUCAGUUGACGCAACUAGUCCUCAAACUUCACAUCUGAGUCCGGAGGUACACAGUAUAUCAGAUUUAACUUCCUUUGACUAUGGACAACGUCUGCCAUCUUUAGAAGGCAGUUCAAGUGCUCCAAUCAGUAAAGGAACACCUAAUAUGGCUCCACAUUCAGUUUUCGCAUGGCAGCCCUUUGGAAGCACAUCAGUUCACAACCAACCACAAGCUUCUUCCUUUCACGGACAACCCGCACAUUUAAUUCCAUUGAUCCCAGGUUCAACUGCUACUUAUAGCGGUAUGGUUAGCUCUUCUCCUGCUAGUUCAAUGCCUACAACUACUGAUUUAAUGGAUUGCCAUCAGAAAACUAAUUCACACUAUGCAUAUUCUACCAAUUAUUCCAGCUCCUCUGCAUCAAAUAAAUCUCGUUCUAUCGUAUUAAGUCCUGCCACUCAAUCUGGAUGCUGUCCUUCCGAUGUACAGAAUAUACGUUUAGGAAUGCUUUUACCCAAUUCUCAUUCCCCAACUACUGCUCCAGUACCAAUCUAUGCACCUUCACUUUCAUCCACUACCACUUCUAGUUCAGCACCCCAUCAAGCCUUUUGUUCUCCAAAUAGCUCUUCAAGUUCGAAUCUAUUUAGUACACCUCCAGUAUUGUCUAAUCACCCAGUUCAAGAUCCUGCUAAAGCUGUCAGUCAAAAACAACGUUCAAAAAAGGAGAGUCAUAACAGAAUUGAACGGAAGCGAAGAGAUUAUAUUAACUCACAAAUCGUCUAUCUCAGUAGCUUACUCCCACCGGAACUGUAUCGGGAUGUAGAUGGUCGACGAAAUAAAGGUAGUGUGCUCCGACUUUCAGUUAGUUACAUUAUGGAGUUACGUGAAGCUGUUUCAAGAAUGGAAAGUCUUAAACAAGAAAAUACGAUAGCACGCCAACUAAUCCCCCUCCUUUUACAACGUAUUGAGAGCCUUGAAAAAAUGACCUCGGAACCUAGUGGUGAUCUAAAAUCUAGUGAACAGUUACAUCACUCCUCAUCUGCCAAUUCAUUGAGAAAUUUACAGUCACUUGAAGCUGUUUAUCAAUCAUGGCUUUUAUUAAAUGAAGCAAAUCAACGUGGUUCUAAUAGUAGUGGAAAUACACCGAAUUUGUCCACAUCUGUUUCACGACACUCAAUGCAUCCUGCACAUACAAAUGCAAGUGAUAGUCGAUAUUUACAUGAGUUAAUGAUGCAAAAUGAAACUCCAGCUGAUCUUGAUUUCAGCGGUUCCAAAUUACACCCAGUCCAAUCAAGACACAAUGUCAAUAUAAAAAGAGAACAUGGUGAAGAAGAAGAAAGAACAGAUGAUUGUGGUUCAUUAUGUAACAAAUCAGAUACUCGACGUCCAGGAUGCUCGUCUCGAUCAAGCUUUACUGAUCAUCCAACAUCAGAGAAGAUUGAGGAAGAAGUAGCGUCACAAGAUGGAAGCUUUGAUAGUAGACCUAAUUCUGCAUAUGAGUGCUAUCCACAUAAUCUACCAAGAACUCCACAGUCAAGUGUUUUCCUGCAGAACCACUGAUCAUCAUCCUACUUCUGUUUUGUUUAUUUAUGUUCAACUUAUUUUUAUUUGGUAGAGGAAAAUGUCGCUGUUCUGAAUGAAUCUCUAGCUCGUUACUACCAUUAUUAUUAUCAUUGCAAGUUAGCGAUGAUACUAUUCAAUAUUGAGGAUUUUCCCCAUCUCCCUACACCUCCUCUGUCUCUGCGUGUGUGUGUGUGUAUAUCCAUCAAUUGUUGCCUUAUUUCACCUCUUAAAUUAUUUUCAUUUCACAUUUGGAGUUAUUUUUUGUUUUGUUACAUUAUUUUUGAUGAUUAUUGCCGUUCCCCUCUUUUUUAUUAAAAAAAAUCAAAUCAGAGUAAAUAAAUAAUGUUCAAAACAAUUAACUGGAAUAUUCUACAUAGAUACUUAUUGAAUGUAAAUCUAGAUUAACAAAGAUUAUAGUGUACACAGAUUAUUUACACUUCAGAUGUUAGAUUAUUCCGUUUUGUUUUUCGUUUUCUUUUCUCAUUUAUUACUACCUGUUACAUUACAUACGAUCCAUUAUCUUUUGUUUCCUUUAAAUGAUUAGUUUGUCUGUGCUCUUGUUCUAUCCACACUAGUGCGUACUAUUUGAUGAUAAAGAAAAAAGGCAUAAUAUUCAUAUUGUAUUAUCAUGAAUAAAAUAUUUUUUAUUUUUAGUUAAAUUUUCUUGCUUUGCCUGGCCUCUCCUCAACCUCCCAUUAUAUUAUUAUUUAUCUAUAAAUUGAUGUAAUCCAUUUAUUUAUGAAAUAAAAUUUCAAUAAAAUAGUGCUUUUGACAAUAUUAUUAUCAAUGUUAUUCAGAGAGUUUGCUUUUGGUUUGUUUUCCCCUUGAUAUAUUUUGUUUUUGGUGUGAUUAUUAUUAUUAUUAUUAUGUUGGGCUGUAUUGAAUUUUGUUUAUUAAAAUUUUCGUUGUUAUUAUUGUUUUGUUUACUCUUUGAUUUCUUUGCUUUUUAUUUGCCCAUAAGCGCCAAACUAACUUCUAUUAUUAUUGUUCACUUUCAAUUGAAAUUUUCAGUUUAAUUAUUCAGUAUUUCUUUUUCUCUUUUAUGGAUGUAUAAAUAAAUAAAUGCCUAUUGACUGUACAUGCACUUCUAUGCAUAGACAAUAUAUUUCUCUUUCUCUCUAAUAUAUAUAUAUAUAUAUAUAUAUAUAUAUAAAAACAGAUUUCUCAUCAUUCAUAGAUGCAGAUUGUGAUUAUGACAAUUAUUUUUAUUUAUUAAUACUACUGUUAUUGAUUAUUACUGUUAAGCUUUCUAAUCUGUGGUGUACUUGUGUAUGUUUAUUCCCUUCUUUUCUAAAAUGCCGUAUCCAUACUUGUGCAUAUAAUAAUAUGCAGGAAACAAACAAAAGUAAAUAAUCGUAGGAGAGAAAAAUUAUUUUGUUUUUUUCUUUUUUGAGGAAAAUAUCAAGAUUUUACAUGAGAUAUAUAGAAAUUUCAUACUUGUUUUUUUCUCCAUAUAAUUUCUCAUGUUUUUGCUGUGUUCACGAUUACUAUGAUUAAAGUCAGUCUCCCUUUUUAUUAUUGUUAUUAUGAAUUACGUAAAAUAAAAGAAGACUUUUUGGAAGGUUACUGUCAAUAUUACUUAAAAGUAUCAUCUUUUAUUAGCUUGUGUACAUUAUUACUAACUAGAUUAUUAUUGCUCUUAAAAUUAAUGAUUAUUAUUAUUAUUAUUAUUAUUAUUAUUAUUAUUAUUAUCGGGAUUUCUAAAUACCUAUACACUCAUUGUUGAAUGAUAAAUAUAACAGACUAUAUAUAUAUUUAUGUAAUAGAGGAAAAUAACUUAUUCAUUUACAGACUGUGUACUUGCACACAUAUACACAUCUCAAAUUACACAAUGAUGGGUUUUUUUGUUGUUAGAAUAUUUCAGAUUUAAACAAAACGCAAAAAAGAAUCUUUAUUUUUCCAUGAUUUUCUUGUAUUCCUUGAAAUAGAGAUUAUUACUUUCUAGUAUAUUUUAUUUGUAUUAUUUUGCUUUUAUAUUCAUGAGUGUAUAUGUGUUCAAUCAAUUAGUUAAAUAAUGAACCUAUACUAUCUCUUACAUAGUGUUAAUUAGUAGGAAAUCUAAUCAUAAUUUGUAGUCGAAUAUUGAUCAUUGUGCAAAUAGGUUCAUCCUAAUUGGGUUUUUCUUUGCAUGAAGACUUUUGAAUAGAUAAUGGUCAUUCCCAUGCGAAUGAUAACAUCCAACUAUCAUGUGUGUUCUGUUAGUAGAAAGUAGAUGUUUGACAUCGUUUUUCUUAACUGCAUGGCACACUCUUAUUUAGGUGACUUAGAGCAAAAGCAUAUUUGUAUUUAAAAGAAUAUUUUUUUCCCAACAGUACAUAUCCAUAUACUAUUACCUUCAAGCUGUGAUAUGGAAAAAUAUAAAUGAGCAUUACUUAGGUCAUUUGUAGGAUAGGGUUUUGUAGGAUAUUGUAUGUGAUAUAAUGUUUCGGAAAAUCAAAUUGCACAUCAUUGUGUUUUUGCGCAUCUUACGAAUAUGCUGAAAAUAGAAGUAAUGACCUAGCUGUAUAAUGCUAAGUGGAUUUGCUUCACUUUUGUCGAAAGUAAAUAAUGUUCAUCGUCCUUUUUGUCACCAAAUAUUGUUGGAUCUAUGCAUGUAACAAUAGAAGAUAUUUCAGUUUCCCAUCCAUAUGAUAUUACCAUCCUAGAUACUUCAUAAUCCAACUAAAAACUCUUCGCAUCUAUUCACUCGAAUACCAAGUUGGAUUACAUUGUUGUUUUUUCUCGGCUAGCGUACAAUGUGCAUAAUUGCAUCGUAACGAAAAUAGUAUCUAUCUAAUUUCAUCACUAUUAUUACAAAUUACUGCAUAUUGUAUUCAAUUUAUGCGAAUUUGAUCGAUCAAUUUGUGAAGAGAAAAAAAACAUGAAGUUUUACUCGCAAU